AUGUCAGAUCGACGACAAAAACUCGCUGCUAUUCGCCAUAAAUGUGCAUCAAUGCUUGGUGAAAGUUCAGAUCCAUUGAAUUCAUCAAUUGAAACGAGUAAUGUUGAUCCGUUACUCGGCGUAACAAAUCUAUGUUUAUCAACAUUGGAAAAUCCGUCAGCAUCGAAAGUUCGUCUGCGUCAGUUGUUACGUCAAGUUGAAAAGGAAUUCGAAGCCGUUUUAUUGGAGAAUGUCGCCUUACGAAAGGAAUUAGAACGAUAUGGUGGAUUAAAUCAUCCCAAUCAACCACAUGCAUCAACUACGACAAGUAAACUUCGUGCAGUGAAUAUUUUCCCGAUGAUCCGAAAUCGAGUAGUACUCCGAACUGGCAAUCAAACCGAUGAUUUGAUAUUUUCAUCGACAGAUCAACAUCGAGAUGUUAUUUGGGAUGUUCAGAUCGGCGGUACCGACGAUCGUUAUUUGGGUUCAGCAUCUGCUGAUAAGACAUCUGUUAUUUGGUCGAGAAAAACAGGACGUUCUCUUCUUCAAUAUCAGGGUCACCGUGGAAGUGUCAAUUCUUGUCGGUUCAGUUCAUUCGAUCAUGAUUUCAUUGCAACUGCCAGUGGCGAUCAUGAGGUACACGUAUGGCGGCACUCGCUCGAUGAUAAUAAAGAUGAUGAAGAUGAAGACAUGGAAGUGAUUGCACAAACCAUUCGUAGUCCAUUGUCAACGCUCCGUUGUGACGAUGUUCUAUCAUGCGCAGAUUGGCUUCAACGUGAUCAAAUUGUAUCGGCUUCAUGGGAUAGAAGCGCAACAUUGUGGCAGGUAGAGACAGGUGCAUCUCUUCGAACACUCUAUGGACACGAUGGAGAAUUAACUUAUGUGUCUUGUCAUCAGACCAAACCACUUGUUAUUACAUCUUCGCGUGAUGGAACAUUUCGUCUGUGGGAUUGUCGAACUUUGACUCAUUCGGUUCAAAUAUUCAACGGACACACGAAAGCUGUUAAUUCUGCUUUAUUUCUCGGCAAUGAUCGUCUUGUUUCAUCAUCCGACGAUGGCUUUGUUCACAUAUGGGAUUCACGUUCAACAACGUGCUCACCAUUAAUUUCACUCGAAUGUGUUUCUCCAUGCAAUCGGAUAUCAUUAGCUAAUGAUAUUCUUGCUGUUCCACUCGAUAAUCGUGAUAUUCGUCUUUAUUCGGCAAUUAACGGAGAUAAACUUCAUGUUCAACGACGUGCACACACGCGUGCUGUCCAAUGCACGGCUCUUGCUCAAUGCGGAAGUUCAUUAGAGUUUCUUCUUGCUAGUGGUAGUCUAGAUCGACAUAUGCAUGUUUGGCAUAUCAAAAAACUAAAAGGAUCCAAUACGAAUAAACUGAUGAAAUCUCUGGAUGAAUCACUGGGCUCACCAACUGUACUUUCAUCAAACGAAAGUAACAAGAAUGGUGGUGGUAAUGGAAGUGGUGUUGACGCUCAAAAUCGCAAAACAACGAAACGAACACCAUUAACAGAAAAAGCAAGCAAUGUUGUGACUUUAAAUGACAAAAAGCAAAGUGCAACUAAUUCAAAUUUAACAUCUGAUAAACCGUCGCAACGCACUGGUCCUACAUUAACUAAAUAA